CCUUUUGUGGAUCCCGGCAGUUAAAAUCUCAGGUCCAACUUUAGCUUCUUUUUAAAUACCGUAAAUUGCCACAUUACUUGAAGCUGAGGCGAUUAGGAGUGUGCGUUGGUUUUAAUGAGGUGACCUCCUCGUGUGCUGCUGAAGUCUGCUGGUGUGUCGGUGCGUGACAGGUCAGUCCAUUACUGGGCUUCUAAAAGUGUGCGCUCCUGCUCAGAGGUUCCCUGUUGAGACAAAAAAAUGAACCUGCCGACCAGAGAGGAGUGUGAAGGGUGGGACCAAGCGCAGGUGGCCUUCUUCAUGUGCAAGGUGAGUGCAGGGGAAAGUCAAUGACCUAUUUUUUCAAAGUUUGAAAGGUCAGCAGUUUAUGUGGAUCACCUUUUGUCUGAAUUAUUUUUUUCUGAUAUAAACCUUUAAAAUAACAAAAAAGUCUCAAGGCUGAAUGGCUGUUAAAUUAAGAUGACCUGUGCAGCUUUAUAAGCAGACUAGAUUGAUUUUUUUGUUUUCUGUCUACAGAACAAAAUGUCAGACUGUGCUGCUGUUGUAAACAAACAUAAGAUUAAUGGACAAAGACUUCUGGUGAGUUUAUUCUUCACAUUUUUCCCUUUUUUUUAUCUACAAGACGUAUUCAGACUGUCUCUCCUUGUUUUACUGGAUGUACAAAUCUCUUUAGGAUUGUAUUAGUGUUUGGGUUCAGUUUGUUAUACUAAGUCCAUCCAAAUGGACAAAUCUACCCGAGCAGUUAUCUUCAUUAUUAUGAUUAUGGUAUUAACACAGCAGAAUAAUUAGGUUCCUUAUUUGUCCUUGAGCUGUUUGUUCCCUUUUGUUGAACAAAUUAACAACUUUUCAAGAGUCUUUCUUUACAAUGCCAAGCCUACAUCACUUUUUGGAACUGAUUUUCUAUGAGACUCACAUAGAUGUAGCUGAUACCGAGACCUUAAAAAGAAAAACUGGGAUACCUUGAACCUUUUUAAAUAAGGUUAUAAAUGAUUGAUGGGAACACAAAGUUUUGGAAGAGUUGCAAUGGAUCGUCCCUGCCAAUGACCACAGAACAGGCUGUGUUGGCUGCAUGUAAUCCUGUUACUCGUCCAAUAAAAAUGGCUGUUUUAUACAAACAGGCUUCAAUUGUAGCUCUAAGGCUGUAUUUAUUAAUGUAUAAAACUCCUGAUGCUUACGGAGAGGGCUGCAUGUUUGCGCAGAUGGUCACAUUUUGGGGGAAUAAUUGGGAAAUUUGGGAAAACUGCCAAUCCCUUGGUCAGAUUUCUGAGUGAAAUCUGGACAUAGAUAAAAGUCAGUGUGCAGUGCAGCUUCAUACUCUUUUCAGCUCCCUUGUGUGGUCUUUUCAACUCCAUCUAGCAUUAGCAUAAAGGGGAAAGUCUAUCAUGAUAGAUUUAGACUCUGCUUCACCACCUUCUUAGGCAUCUUGAAAUCUUGACUGAGGAACUACUGCAGCCUCCAUCCAUCAGGUCCUGCUUCUUGAAAUUUCAGGACUGGAUGUCACGUCAUUUUCUAAACAUUCUGUGAAAAAGUACUGAGGUAAACUUGUUUAAGUGUAGAAUGUUUUGUUUUCAUGUUUUUACUAGAAAUAGCUGUUAGAACUUCCUCCUGAAGCUCUCAGAUGUCAUUGUCAAACAAUCAAAAACUUCCCAAACAGAAAACUAUCUGCGUCUGUCUCAUUAAGUCUGUUAGUUUAGUUUAGUUUAGUUUAGUUUAGUUAAGUUUAGUUUGUUUCAUAAUUGGAUGGAUGUUAAGUGGUCAUUUUGGGGCUGGUGUGCUCUAGCACACAGUUCCAUCACUUUUACACCUAACCCCUUGACAUACAGGUAUUCAGUCGGACUCCUUACCGGCUGCUAGUAUGCCUGAUCUCAUUCCAUUACAGUUUGUCUUGCUGAGUCAUAGAAGUGCCUACACUACAUUACCCAUAAUGCAUCACGUAACACAGGUGUUGCACGAUGCUCACUUGCCUGUUUUUGCUUGAAAGUAACGUCAAAUAAAUGCAAACAGAGACAACGGAGACAAACCCGUCGCUGUGAUACACAUGAAGUCAACUUGAGGACUAGUAAUACAACUUUAAUGGAAGAAGAAGAAGAGGGGAAGAAGGUACCAAGCUGUAAAGUUGUCCAUGUUUUCGCUUUUAGCCUCUUGAUGACUUGCUUUGGUAUUUGUUAAAUAGUUUAGCCAGGAGACAGUCUAAUGGUGUCAUCUGAUAGUGGUCAGAUGCAAACAGACUGUAAUCAAUCGGUGGGUUCUCAUCCAAUGCUUGUGGACUGUGGAAAGACAGCAGUCCAGUUAAAUCACCUAAUUAAACUAAAGCUAUAGCUCGACUUAACUGGGCAUGCAAACGCACUCAUCGUUAAGUAACCUUUCCAGCUUGUUUCCCAACCAACAGCUGAGUCAGUCUAUUUGUACAGUCUCAAAACACAGCACAGGACCCAGUUUUAAAAUAACUCAUUACCCUGGUUUCUUUUUAAUCUCUCAAUGAAUUGAUUUUGAUAGCAAAGAUGAUGUUAGGGACAACGUGAUUCUACAGAUAACUAAUCUCACUGCAAAAAGGACUUUUAGCAUAACAAGGUGCUGUAACUUUGUAUCUCUGCUUGGCAAAAACAUUACUUCCCAACACAACUAGAUAGUGCAGAAGAGGAUUUAUUUUCUGUGUCAUCUCUUCUAUUGGACCAAAACCAGCCUAAGUGUUCUGUACAUGCACAAGAGAGUACUUUAGUUCUGAAUCUGAAUAGGAUAAAUGCUUCGCCAGGAAGUUGGAUAGUGAACAAAACACAACAGAUACAGAAAGGAUGAUAAAAAAAAAGACUUAACUGUCAUGUCUUACACAUUUUGUCUGUUGUUUUGGGACAUAAUAGAUCACCAAGAGAUGGGCCCGUAUGAAUCAGCGGAAAGGGGUGUACAUCGCCAUCUACUGUAGUGGAGGUGGACAUGUUCUGUUGUAUUUUUACCCUUGCAUGUAAACUGGGACAAGAACAGUAGUCCAGUUAAAUCAUCUAAACCAGCUCCAACUGUGGCUCAUUGUCACUGUGCAUGAAGAAGGACUAAGAUGACAAACAGCAAAGGGUGUUAAAACACACAAGGAGCAGAGUUUGAGAGACAUUUAUCAAAGUGAAGAAAACAGACAUGAAGCAGACACAAACCAAAGUACAGCAUAGACUUUCUCAGCAUUACAGGAUAGAAAGAGGACUUUUAUAAAAGCUGCUGUUGUUUUCUGCAUCUGUUAGAUAUGUCAAAAGAGUAAUACUAUAUGAGGACUUGUCUUCAGGGUGGACAGACUGGCUCAACCUCAGCCCUUGAAUGCUUUUUUCAUGACUUGAAAAUCAACUUCCUUCUGAACUUUAUAAGGAGUUUCCAAAGUAGAGGAACAGAGGAGAGUUUACAGGAAAUGAAGCAUGAGUAGCAUUUAAUCACUUCCUAUGGUGUUUUGGUGUGAAAACAGGGGUCCUUCUCACAUGGGAAUGAGUACAUCAGCUGCAACUUCUGCUUUUUUCUAGUUCCCACUGAACUGAAUAUGAGGCUUUUCCAGAGUGAGCACAACAAGCGCAGGUGAAAGCUGAGUGUGUGUCAGUGUGUGUGUGAGAGAGUAAGAACUGUGAAAUGAGACUGUGCUAAUAAAGCUGUGAUCCCUUCUUAGGUAAGUAUCGUUAAAUCUGCUUCAGUCAGAAGACGAGAAAAGAGGAUUUUAUGCAGUGAAUUAACUGGCGCAGGGCUCCAUAACUUCCUAAUACUGAGUGUUUGGAGGAUCCUAAUAAGGCCUCAGCGAUGCCUUUAACUCAUCAGCGUGCCUGCGGAAGCAUUCAUCCAUUAUGCGUCUUUGAGCGGCCACUUAGAAACAGUUCUUCAAAACUAAUAUAUGAGAGCAACAAUCUUAUCUCUGUUCAUUAUGCAUUGACCCUGGACUGAUUCCAUUUCAGACGGGAAAUUGCAUCAAGAAAAUAUUUCCCUUGAAACAUGCUCGCUGUGGAUUUUUAUCACUCAACAUGAUGAAUGUUUCAGAGCAGAGCCUUUGAAGUGCAAGUUACCGGCGCAGAACUGAAAAAUGCAUAAACAUACAGUGUGUGUGUGUCUGUAUUUGUGUGUUCAUCUGUCUGCGUGUGUGUGUGCAUGUAUUGAUUGAUAGAUCCACAGCCACAGAUCCAGCAGACACACCAGGGCUCUAUUAGGGUCAGGUAAACCCAUGCUUGUAUCGAACAGGAAUAUUUCAUCAUGGCUGGAUACACACACCUUCAAUUGAACGAGCUUCAAGGCUGCAGACUCUGGCAAACAUUCCCACUCAUACACUAUCAAUUUCUGCAGCCAGUUAUAUGGACUUCUGUUGUUUGUUGUAUUAGACUGUCUGCCCCGCUAGCGGCGUGGAUCUAUGGCAGAGUCUGUAAGUCAGCCCACAAACUUUGUCCAGAAAAUCUCAAAAGCUACUUCAGGGAUUGUUGUGAAAUCCAGCUCAGACAUUGAGGGUACCCAGAGGAUGAAUCCUAUUAAAUUCUGAGAUCCACUCUGUUUCUCUCUAGUGCCACCAUGAGGAAGUCAUGUGUAUCUGUGAGUGAAAUAUAUCAACACUAAAAACUGGCGGUGUCACAUUCUUGAUUGACUGUGAUCUCCAGCCUCAUUAUCCAGAUAAAUUAGUCUGACUAUAAGAGGCUUGGUUCCAGUGCAAUUUCAGUUGAAGUAAUGUGUUUACAUAUAAUCUAAAAGUCACAUACUCUCAUCCAGCAGCCGCUUGUUUGUAGUGAGACUUCAGGCCAGACCAUUACAGACUGCUGAGGGGUGACACAGCUCAAGAAAGAACUUCUAUGAUCCUUUCUUUUUUAUUUCCUUGAAGUAAUAAUCAUUUUGCACUGCAGACGUGGUAGUUCUUCAGUCUUAGCGUCUCGGUCUGAUUGCAUUUCCAUGAAGAAAUUACCAUAAAUGUUCUUCCUUGAGCUGCGUCCCCCCGCUGCAGUCUGUAAUGGACUGGCCUGAGGUCUCGCUACAAACAAGCGGCUGCUGGAAGAGAGUAGGUGAGCUGUGUUUGUUUUCUUUGCUAAAGAAAUCAGGCAAAGCUAUAAAGAUGUUUGGUGGCUAGUUCUAUGGCUGGGACCUUAUAUGUACUGUUGAUGAAGUUAGGUGCUGUUUUGAGCAUUAUUUGUGGUUAUAGAGUGGUGUUCUGGCUGAGGUUUGUUUAUGGCUCCUCAGACCCCAUGUAUUGCUAUCUUGCGGUCGUUUCUAAAGUUGGUAUAACUAGAGGGGCAAGUAGUCAGCAACACCCAUAUCUCGAGGGGGUGUCUAACUCGGUGUUACGGUGUGUUUGGCCCUAAAUUAAUUUUACGCCAGAAUAUCCCUUUAACUUUGAACAGAUUCAACAGAUAAGCUGAUGUUAAAGUUAGUUAACUAUCAGGGUAUAGUCAGCAGAGUUAAAGUGCCCGUCUAUUGUUAAUUCUUAACAGUGUCGACACAUUUAGACUAAAAUCUAAGUUACUUUUAGCAGUAAUUCAACAUACAGGAUAUUUUUAUGUAUUAUUUGUUUGGAGAGCACAAGACUUUAGCAUUGUGACAAAUGGCUAACUAGUGACCGACAAAGAACCCGGGAUAGUUUGGUGUUAGUUGUCAGUCUCCGAGGAGUCAGAUGGAGGGGUCUGAGGAGUUGCUGGCUCCUUCCUCUUCUUCCACCUCUGAGGUUCCUUCAGACCCAGGAAGUGGCAAAAGUAUUUCCAAACUGAAGACCUCAGUGCCACUUGGACCUGGAGGCUCUCCAGGAAGAAGAGCAUGUUCUUUUCUCUCACAGAGUUUAGUUUGUUGAUUUUCCUGCUCUAAAAUGUUUUGGUCAGAGGUUGAAAUUGCCAAAAUAUGACUCAGCGUGUACAUCUCUGAAAGUCAGGUCACAUAAAACUGAGGGUGUUGAGUCUGCUUGGCAGUCAGAUUGAGUCAGUGUUCACUUCAAUCAAAGAGAUGUGGACAACUCAAAGCGAAUAUAGUCAACACAGACUUUUCUGUAGUAUACAAACAAGAUUACAUAUCAAAGUCAUGGCUAACACAUUAGUUAUAACGUAUGUGCAACAGUUAUUAAACUAAAUCACUAUAACCUCCUUCACACAUGCAAAGCACCUACAGGUGAGCUGCACUUGAAGUUGAAGAGGUCCAAAUCUGUUUGGCUGAAAAUAAAAAGAACUUUUUUUCCAGCCAGCUCUCUCACUGAGGGAUUGUUUUGGCCUCUAAAGGGCAUGACAGAAAACUUUGAGAACAACUAAGUUAUCUGAUGAAUUACCUGACCAGAAUACUGUAAUGAAAGCCUCUCUCUGUUUAUAGAGGGUGUCUGUCCUUUCACCUUGUCCCCUUCACUUACUUCACUGUACGUUUAACAAAGUGUGUUUACAUCAGAAAAAAAACGGCUCACAAUGUUCUGAUAUUGUGAGCCGUUUUUUUUAUGUUGAGCAGGGGUAGAUCCAGGGGGUGUCCAGGGCCUCUGUUUGAUUGGCCACCCCAGAUGCCACCCAAAAAAUCUUUUCUAUGAUUAACUUGUUUACUCAUCCAACGCCAGAUUUGAAUCCAAAAUUCAGUCUGUGUUGCUAUAAGCUGUUAGCACCUAUUUUUUUACUAUUUAAAUGUCAUUAUUCUUACAUGAUUCACAGGAUAUUAUAAUAGGGAUAAUCACGUGUUUACAUGCUCACCUCACCUCAGGCCAAACCCGGUCAAAAAGUCUUCUUGUGCCCCCUGCUGUGCUGGUUCGUGUUAGUUCUCUGAUUCCUUACUGAAGCAAUGAGUUUCAGCAGGGGGCGCUCUUUCCCUCUUCAGUCAUGAAGGCUGUUGCCAAUACUCCUUUCCAGCUCCUCUUCUAUUUUUGUCUCUGGUCGUGAAAUGUCGCUUCCUGUUGCAGGAGGAUUUUACAACAGCUGUAACUGUAAUCUUCGCUGUCUCAGUGCAGACAUUCAACCACAGAGCUGUUUUAAACCAAGGGGAACUGAAAAGACUUCAGUGUGGAUUUACAUACGUCUGCAAAACACCCCUCUUCUUCUAUUAUCACACAGGCCUAACUACUGUAACUAGCGGGCAUUUGACCCUUACAGGUCAGAGCUUUUACUGUGUACAGUUAAAGCUUUGUGAACCAGUGCUGUCAGAGACUGAAUUAAGAAAGGAGACCGUUGCUCCGUGUCAAGUACAUGGAAUAAACGCUCAGACAGCUUUCCACAGUAGUGUGAGAAAUGAUGUUUGAGUGAGAAUGUGACUUCGAAGGGUAGCUUUAAAUCAAACUUUAUGAGGGGGAGGAAAGGUUGAUUCUGGUCACCCUCAGUUCAGACAGUCAGGCCCGAGUUAUACAGUGUAGUGCCAGAGCUUAUGAAAUCUAACUUAACUAUUCGUGUGUAUUUGUUUUAUGUAGGGACAUUAAAAAUGAACCAUGACCAGAGAUUAAAAAGAUCAAAUUAUACAAUAAGAGUAAACUGGAACUCCUGAUAUUUCUGAGAUAUUUGAUUUAGGAUUUUGACAAGUUCAGAUCUUGAAGAUUUUUUUAAUGUAACGUGGAAAAUACCCAAACUUUCAAUAAUUACAGAGAUGAUCAGAUUAGGAACAGGACAAGAAGAGCGUCAUCGUCGUCAUUGUCAUUGUAGUUGUUUUCUUCCGCUUGUCUGGGUCUGGGUUGCGGGGGCAGCAGCUUCAGGAGGGAGGCCCAGACGGCCCUCACCUCAGCCACUUCCACCAGCUCCUCCGGGGGGAUUCCCAGGCGCUCUCAGGCCAGGUGAGAGAUACAAUCACUCCACCUGGUCCUGGGCCGGCCACGAGGUCUGCCCCUGGUGGGACAUGUCUGGAACUCCUCUAACGGGAGGCGUCCAGAAGGCAUCCUAACCAGAUGCCCGAGCCACCUCAGCUGACUCCUCUCGACGUGGAGGAGCAGCGGUUCUACUCUGAGCACUGAGGCUGAAGGAAACCCAUUUCGGCCACUUGUAUCCGCAUUCUCGUUCUCGGUCUUUACCCAUAGUUCAUGACCGUGGUGAGGGUCGACACGUAGAUCAACCAGUAAAUCGAGAGUUUCACGUUACGGCUCAGCUCAAAAAGAGCAUUUAAUGGAAAUAAGAAAGUUUCUCUAUCUGCUAUCUUAGAUUUCUAGGACUGAACUUCUUGCACAAGAUAUGAUGAUACAUCCUACACGAACUGAACAUCAAUAACAGUUUAAAAAACAGCUUUGCUCCAAGUUUCUCCUUACAGCUUCAUCUGCUGCAAAAUAGGAAAGCCUGAAAUUUUUAACAAAAACUCUGGAAAAGCGCUGAACUUUAAAACACAAAAUAGCAUGAUUUACAAAUGUUUUUCUGCAGGGCAACAACAUGACUUGACUGAGAUCGCUCUCCCUGACAUGCAGCAGAAAAAGAGGAGUUUUAGUUCACGAUACAUUCAGUUUGACUCAUCAGUAACUCAGCAUGCGUACGAGGGCAGAGAGGGCCUGUACACUGGGCUCUGAAUGUCAUCCUGCUGCUGCUGCUGCUGCUGCUGAACUUCGCCUUUAGCUCAUUCUGAAUAUUCAUCACAUAUUUAUACAGUACAUGGAGCAAAGGUCAAAAAGAAGUGGGCAACUCAGAUCUAAAUCUCAGUCCAAAGACCAUGUAGAGCCCUGCUUCAAAUGUUCCUGCUUUACAUUAAACCCACAGAAUCUCUUCAUCAUACAGAUGCAAGAACUGGACUUGACAGCCGGGAUUGGCUCAAAGCAAAGAGGAAGUAGAUGGUUGCUGAGGGAACCCUGUCUUAGGGGGCACUCACAGGAUCGCUAAAUGUUGAUGUAGCCUGGACAUGAAAGAAAAAACCCACAAACCUACAGUUAGAUUAUCAGCUUCACUGGGCCUCUGUAUCUCUCACUUAUUCACUCACUCAGUUGAAGCAGGUGUAGACUAGGUAGGGUGUAGAGGAGAGAGUGCAGCAUGAUGUUCUUGAAAAUAGACUUUUCUGAUUGUUUUGAAACAGUCGUAGAGGUAUAAAAGGUUGGGCCCUGCUGUAACUUCGGCAGAAGUGUGUGGACUAAUAGGUUUCUAAUCUUUCUCUUCAUCAUUACUGUGGGUGCUAGUGUGUAAUUAGUGCCUCGUUAUUAUGUGAUCACAGAGCAUAUUCUCACGUAGUCUAUUCAGAGAACUGCAGAUGGUGAGCAGAGAAUAAGAGAGAGUGAGAGAGAGCAGCAGGUGAAGAAAGGUAAAGGUCCAAUGGUUCAACUUAAAAAAAGGUGUCUGAAUGCAUGAAAACCUUUAAUGUUAUGAUAAAGUAAUGGUGAUAUCAAUGAAUUCAUGUUUUUCUAAUGAUUAGAUGUUUGAGAAUAGCCAGAGGGAGGUACACGUCUUAAAUAUGUUAUGUUUAAUAUAUAUUUAUUGGAUAAAAAAGGGCUAACUUUGCACAAAAUUGAACCAAAAUAAAGGUUUAUAACCCAACAAAAAUCGCACAAGUCCCCACUAUAAAGGCAUCAAAGUAAACUAGAUCCAUAUAAAAAUAAGUCUCUGCAGUGAUGCUAUCAGAGUGGUAUUGGUCUCAAUUUAAAAUGAAGAUUUUUUAAAGAAAAAAUAAACCAAAAAUGAGUCAAAUUUGUAUUUUAUGAGAUACAACCAAACUGAGGAGCAGCAAAAGACAACACAAUCUCACCAGCAGCCCCAACAUGGCGUGAACCAGCCCUCCAGAUAAACAAAUAGCUGGAGAUAUAGAACAAGCUGUUACUAAUGAAUCACUCUUGAUAUUUAUAGUUCAAAAAACAAAAUAAUGUGGGUAGUUUGGAAAUAUUAUUCUAUCAGGAUCCAGUUUUAAAAUGAAAAGGGUUACGGUUAGACAGAUGUAAGAUAUAAGAAGAACUUACAUCUUACAUCUGUUUAACCUGUCGCCAUUAGCUGAUCUAUUUAGUCUUAAAUUGGCUUCUUAGAAAUAUUAAUAAAACUAUUUCAUCUACAUGCAAUCCAAAAACAAUGCAAAAGGUGUUUAGGAAGUAAUGUCAGCAAACAGUUGGCCCAGCAGAGGGCUCUGUGAAUCCUCUAGUAUUCUUAGCACUGUCAAGAGCAAAUGUAGAGCAUCACAGCAAAGAUGAUGAUGUCUGCUAGAAUAAGUUACAAACUGAUAAUUAUUUAGACAAUGACAUCAGAAGAAAUCUUUAAACUGUUGUAACUUGCUUGUAAAAGAGCUUUUUAAUCUUGCCAAUGUUCUCCUGAUGAAACAAAAGUUAAAUAAAUGAAAGCAGUAUUAGUUUCAGUGUAAACAAACCAUGUGACUUCCUCACUUCAAAUACACAUCUCAACAGAAAAAGCCAAAUAUUUGAUUUAACAGGACCCCCCCCCCCCCCCCCCCCUCUAAUAUGUCUGCACACUUAAAACCAGUGCUUUCUGUUGCAUGAGGGAAGUGACUUAGUGUCUUUCACUGCCAGGUAGAAAUGGUGAACUAAAGGUGUGGGAUAUGAGGCAGCAUCCUGCUAAAAUUGUGCAAAUCUAGCUGUCUGAGUGGCUCUGUGUUUGCAUUCAUUAUGUUGCAUUUAAGGGUUUGUGUGUGCAGUGGUAUGAGCUCAGGUAGUAGUUUAUGUCUAACAGCAGGGGUGGAUCCCAGGGGAGUGGCCAGGGUGGCCUGGCCCAAUUUAAAUCAGAUUGUCAAUGUGAGGUGCAUCCCAAAAACACUGAAUAAAUAAUUUUGGCUGUGCUACAAAAAGGUGUUUAGGAAGCGGUCUACAACAAUGAUAAUACAACAUUUUUCUAUAUAUUCACAGAAGAGGCCUUGUAAGAAACUGAUGCACAAUCAGGAUCUGUUUUCAUUUCAGUUCAAAUUUUCAGUUCAUCCUCCAUGAUGACACUUGCUGGAUGUCUAAAAUCUGUAUUAUUUUCAAACAGGCUGCAGCAAAAGUGACCAAUAAAAGUAAAAUGUAUUUCUGUCAGCGUGAUGCGUGGCUGUCUGCUUCAGCUUAGAUGGGAAUGACAGUCAGCCAGCACGGCGCAGAUAAAGGUAAUCUCCAUCUUUUUGAUGCCGUGCUCGCUCACACAGGUAGACAGGUUAAAAAAGAUAUGUAGCAGAUCAAAAGAGCUGUCAGCCUCUAUCUGUGUCACGCUGCCUCUGUGUGGAUGUCACUUUUAACUGCUGUGUCUGUCAUCAUCUCUACAAAAAAGGGCCCAUCAGAAUGAGACACAGCAUAUGCACUCACAUAUAUAUGACAUGAUUACUUUGUUGCUGGAUCAAACACUGAAGAUGAAACACCCCUAACAAAGCUAAUAAGAAGUAGAAAAUAAAGAAAUCAGGUGCCAGUGCAGUUCAGCUACAGCCCCACAAAAUGUGGUUUUAAGUUGGUGAUGCAGGAAACAGAGAGCACAUUUAGGGUCUUGAAGGAGAAAACCAGAAUUAGCUUGUCACACUUGUGGUUUUGGAACACUUAGUGCAGAUUUGCGAACAUGUGGAAAGUCUUUCACCUAAUGACAGUCAUGGGACAGCUGCCGAACAGCUGCUGUGAAAAACCAGAGGUAAUUUGGGGGACAAGUAUCUGCAAAGCUGUUCCCUUUGUUGUGAAAUGGAGCUCAUUUAGAAGAAAAGCAUCGGAGGUGUUUCAUACAUCAGCUUCUUCACACUCUGUCCGCCUUUCACACAGAGCACACAGCUACAUGUGAAGUGAAACAAAAGUGGUCGUUCAUGUGUUAAUUUUGGUUGAAAUUGAGAUUUUUUACUAACAGAACUCUGAAAAGAGCCAAGAUGUCUGUACUUUCCAGGCCACGACCUUUAAACCAGUGAAGCUCUACCUGCGACCUCUUAAAGUGUUAAAACCAAAGUUGAUUCCACACGACAUCUCCAGAUCCCAGUUUUUUUUAAAGUAAAUGUUUCGGAUUCAAGCUACGACUCAUCCUGAAACAAGGAUUCAUGGUCAUUGAACCAUGUUUUUCAAGCGAUAUAACCUUUGGCUUCUGUUGCUCAAACUUCUGAGUGUUGGGAAAAAAAUUGAUUGUUUUGAUCCCAGCAGAGAGCUGAAUUUAGACAGGAAACAGUAACACAAUUCAGAUGAUUUUUGAGUGAGUCAAACAAAAGUAAGCAGUGUACUCUGCCACUGUUUUUUUUUUUUUUUUGGCAUAAUGUCCUUAAAUUCCAAGUAUUAUGGAGCAAAGCACUCUGAAAAUUGAGUUAUGGCUUUGAAAAUUUGAGUCAUAUGCUUUUUUUUUUUUUUUUUUUUUGGAAAGUCUGGGUUUACUUUGUGGUAGCUUUCCUGUCAAGUUUGAGUGCUAAUAAACAAAAGAAAUGUUGCUUUAGCCAUUGUACUUGACUUGUUUUUAAGGAGCAAGUACUAAUACUAUUAAAAGUGACCCCUAUAAUGAGGCUAGGUCACACCUCUUUGCCGUUGAUACGUGUGAGGUCAAAAUUGUUGUGGGCAGGCGUUCAUGUGUAUUUUCCAAUGUGGAAAUUUGUUUUUCCAGUGUGUCCAGUGUGUAAAACGUCAGUAUGUCACUCAUCUCACCCUGUCUGAGGAGCUCUGGGUCACAGAGUUACACCAGCACGAUUGAGGAAAAGUGAACUUUUGAGUCGGGAAAACCAUUAAAUUCUAAAUGAAACCACCAAAUCUGAAUCCUAAAAAUAGAAACCUGACAAUCUUACUCUAAAUAAACUGCUUGUAUGUGAACUAGAACUAGUUGUACCACUGCUAUCAUUACUUCUGUGUGUAUCAUAAUAAUCCCCACAUCACUAUUGUUUAAUUAAUUGUUUCAUCUUCCCUUUAAAGUUCCUGUAACGAACUUUUGGUUUGUGCCCAUUUUUUGCACCUGUUGACAAAGUAGUCUUUGCUCAUCUUGUCCUUUUCAUAUAACGUCCUUAUUUCAGUCUUUUCCAGAUUGAUCAAAGGUUUGUUUGAGCCAGCAUUUCUACAUUUGUGACUGGCUCCUUUGAGCUGCAUUUCACCUCCUCAGAAAACAACAAUAGGCCACUUAGACUAUGCCCAUGUUUUGUACAGAUUAUUGAUGCAUGUUGGUGGGGUUGAAAACAGAGCACAUUCCUCCACACCACAGUUAUCACCAAACCCUUAAGCUAACUCUGCGUCUUCAUGCAAAACCUCAUCUAUUUGAUAAGUAGCACAUUGUUGGUGUUUUUACAUGCCCAUGUGGCCUCACUGAGCCGUCAUUACCUGCCUGUAGACUUGCGGCCCCUCUGGACUAAAUAAAGAGGACAUGUAUCUUUUAGCAGUGCUAAAAUGUGGCAUGCGUGAGAACACAUUACUUUUCAGGCAGGUCACAUCACACAAGCAGGAGUUCAGAGGGAAUCACACCCCGGAGACAAAAAGAGUCGACUUCAAACAUGCUAAUUUAACUAUGGCUCAGACAAAAGACAGAGUGAGGUCUCUGGUCCAUAGUACAAUCGACACGCUGCAGCUUGUUGAGCUGUUGUGUCUCAUAUGAACAAGCACACAGACCCUCCUAUAAAUAAUUCAACAUGAUAGCGGAGCCUCGGUGUAUCCACAGGGGCAGACUAUUUGAUAUUUUAUUCUGUGUCAAAAGGCUAAGUCUGAUUUUAUACCCGCUUUAUUCAUUUUUUUCUCUCCUGUAAGCCAGAGGGAUGAUCCAGGGUGUAUUUGUGAGGCCAAGGUUCAGUUGUUUAAGGGAGGUAAAGUCUCUCAUAUUAAGUGAUCACACUGUCUGAUUUGAGAAUGAUUAAAGCACAAGCUCUCCUCAAAGAGCUCUCACUGUACUACCCAGUGAUUCCUGGAGAAAAUACAUCUUUUUGUCUCUCUGAGGCUCCCAUAUUCACACACUGGCGGCUGCACUAUCAGGCCUGUACCUGUUUCAUAAAUUACUUACGCUCCAUUACCAUAUCGAAAUGGAUUGCAGACAUGAGGUUCACAUUAACUCAAGCUGAUUCUAUAUCAGUUUAUUCAACACAUAAAAUAAAGUAAUCCAACUUUCACAUUCAGAGAUCUCUACAACAUGAAAUGUAAAAUAUAUAAAACAGCAAAGACACAAGCGACCUGCAGCCAUGAAUAACAAAUGAGGAGAGGAAUACAUAAUUUAAUGGGAUUUGUUGCAUAUUUUAUGGUAAUCAUUUCCUUUCAUUUACAAAUCACAAUUGCCUUCCUGCAAAGCAGACAUUAAAAGCAACAGAAAAAAAUUAGUUCCAGUUACACACAGUAUGUCAAUAAAUUAUUGUUUUUUAAUCUCCCGUCCUUGAGCUAUUUUUGAGCGGCUUCUCCGGGGAUUUACUGCAGCUUCUCACACUAAUAUGUGUUCAUAUAUACAGUACAUGUUUGUAAAGUUGGUCUGGCCCUGCAGCUUUUCUGCGGAAACUAAUUGAAGGAUUUCUUCUUUUCUUUUAAUCAGUUUAGAGAAAACAUGAGGGUCACAUUUGAAAAAAAAAAAAAAGAGUUUCUGCUCCUAAAUAUGCCUUCAGUGACAUGCUGCCAUCUUCUGUUAGCUCACAGGUGAUGCACUUUAAACAUUCAGGCACAGUGGUUAUCACUUUCAUUACAUCAACCCAUCACUUUGACCAAUUCAAAUGUUGAGUUUGCAGAUUUUUGAGAAACAAUUUCAAUAUGGAGUGCAUGUAAUCUCACAUGCGGAUGUUAUGUUCCAAUAUCCUAUUCACAUAUAUCUGUGCCUAUAGAUGUAGUUUAUUAUUUUUUUAAUCAAAACUAAACUAUAUAAUCAAUAUUCAAAGCGGAAUGUGCUGGGAAAAAAAGGCUGUAAAGGUAAUGUUUAUUUUUAAUACAACUUUGACAAUGAUAGAUUCCUCUAACGGUAUUAUGAGGAGUUUUAAACUGGAUGAGAGACAGAUUAGGACCUCUUCAGGACCUGAAAAGCAAAUGAGACCAACUGUGACAUUUCACUGUAGUAAUUUUUCAUGCUGAAAAAUGCUGCAAGAGAGGUGUCAGAUUUACAGCAAGCUGACAAGAACAGCUUUUUUGACUUUUACACAGCAAAAACUUACAGUGAGUGAUAAAUAUCAUUGUUAAAAGACAACAGGCCAUGGUGUUUAUCUUUCACAGGUUUGGGAUAAUAGAUAACAGGUGUCACUUUGUCCACAGGAGGCGCUAAAGUCAACACGACCCAAAAGAGCCCUUCUGGGCAGCUUUAACAGUAACUCUGAAGCGAUCAGUCCUGUGUCCAAGUCGGUGCCACAGCUUUUCCCUCCUGAUCCACAGCCCUAAUAAGGCUUUCUCUGUAGCCUCUAAAACCCAGGCAGAUAUAGGCCUUCCACAGUCACUUCCCUUCAGCGCCUCUUCCACCCACCGUUUCACACUCAUACCAUCCUACCAGGGGACAGUCAGCUCUAGCGUGACCAUUUGCAAAACGUCUGGUCUUGAAGGUGGUUUCCAUGAUGUUUUCAGGAAAUUUGAGAUGUUUCUCUACUUCCACCCCCAUUUUCCAAUCAUAGGCUGUUCACAAGAAGUCUGCCAAAGUUUUAGGGUUGAGGUUUCGGUGUUCACUUGCUUUCAAAGAUGUAGUGCGGUGUCUCGCUGGUCGGAAAUACCUGACUUGAUCGAUGGUGCCAGCAGUAGCGCCUCUCCCCCAAUGUUUUCGGCCAGCUGUUGAGGAUGUUCUCCAGUGUUUCUUUUACCUGAUGGUGACUCAAAAGGGUUUGAUAGGCUGCUGAGUAGGAUAUCAUAUACUGGCAAAUGAGAAUGUUGAUGCUGAAAGAUUCCAUCUUCCACAGCUUGGACCCUGAGAUCUAGUGAUCCAUGCACUCUGUUGUCUCAACCCCACUGUUUUGCUUGAAUGCAGCUUCUUGGCCACUCUCACUUCCCAGGCAUUUGAAGGAAUACUACUCAAUCCAACUUAACCGAUUUAAGAAGUCUUUUAAAAGACAUCUCUGAGCCUGCAUACCUUAUUUCUUCUGACAGGUUGUUCCAUAGUCCAAGGGCCCAGAUGGCAAAGACUCUAUGUCCUUUAAAUUUAAGCUUUGGCAUUGGGACAACCAGGAAUUUCAGUCCGAAGCUGCAGUUUUGCUCAUUUGGCAUCAGUAGUGUAGCUUGGAGCUGGAGCCGCACAUGCAAAAUAAAUCAACUGUAAAACUAACAGGUUUGAUUAGUUAAUCCAGUAAAGGCAGAUUAUGGCCUGAAUGACUUUUUGAAGGUUUGAUUGAGAGAGAACUGGUUUUAUUUUAAAAAUUGGUUAAAGCAUCACUGAACAAUUUUUCUGACGUGUGGGUAAAAUAUGACUCAAGGAUUCAAUUGUACAAGUCAAAAAUCAGUUGCUGAAAUCUACAAACAACGCCAGAGUUACUGAUUUUACAUAAGAACAGCAUAGACCAUAUUGCAGCCUCAUUACACCCUAUUUUGUUGAGUUGUUUUGUGUUUAGUGAACCAAUGUGAUGUGCUUCUCUGUGUAAUGUGCUUCUACAGAAUAUGUGAAAACAAAUUUUCCAGAAGGGACAAGAAAUGCACUAACUAACUAACAAUUACAUCUCAAAAGCAUGUAUUCAGUGAAAAUGAUAGACUCCAUCACACUCAUCUGGGGACUCUCAACAUUCUGAUUAACUUACAUUUUCAAACUUUAUUUAUGUUUUUCUUCCCUCGUUUUUUUUCUCAGAAUUUGUCUGACAGUGUUUUGUUCAAGUUCAGCCCCAUCCACCAACCGUAAGUAACAUUUUUACACUCAUACCUUGAUCAUACCACCUACCUUAUCACCUCAACUCACUCCAUUAUUUUCUGCUGUCAGCAACUGUCUUUCUGUUUAUUUUUGUCAAAGAUUUUCCAGCUCAGUGCAUUUUCUCAAGUGUGUAUAUAAUGUAGGUAGUCUUUGUGCUGAGCUGCAGCUGGAUUUGUACGUGUGUGCAGAGCUCUUGUCAAUGGGCUUGGUGCACCUGUUCUUGUUUGGGGAACAAGUUCCUGUUUGUUCUCUCUCUCUCUCUCUCUCUCUCUCUCUCUCUCUCUCUCUCUCUCUCUCUCUCUCUCUCUCUGUAGAUGCUAUUCUCAGACAUGCACAUUACUUGACUCCACAGCUCACACUUGAUAUCUGUGACAUCUGCCUUGUCAUGGUGUUGUCAUGAUAUGAUGUUUAACAAUCUUUAUCCAAGAUUAAAAACACUGAUCGUUUAAUGUUGUUCUUUCAUAAGUUUUUAGUUAUUCUUUAAAUCACCAUUUUUUAUUUUGUUUCCUCCUCAACCCCCUGUCUCUAUGUUUGUUUGUUUAUCCACCACUGUGUUAGUGUCAGUGAUUGCAUAAAAGUUGUUUUUUUUUUCCUUUAAUAUGUCAUGGGACAGAAAAGAGGAAACAAUGGCACAACACUGAAUCAGUUUGUCCAACAGUUUAUCGAAGAACGGGCAAAGCUUGGUUCACAAAAAGGCAGUCAGGUCAUGCGAAGGUAUCCAAAAACGUGAGUCAAAAAGGCAAAGUCCGAAAAGGCAGACAAAGUUAAUACGCGGCUUAACAAUAACUAUGAAUAAUGCUGGUAUGAGACAGGUCAUGAAGGUGAUAGGAAACAGGUUAGGAGACACAAUCAGGCUGCAGGUGUGAUAAGAUGGGGGCGGGGCAGAUCAGACAGGAACAAAUCAAAAAGAUAGAAACAAAGUUUAGUGAUCAACAAAUUAAAACAGGAAGAACAUGCCAUGAAACAUUACUGUGCAAAAAUAAAGGAAACUUAACCAAUGAAUCAACAGAAGUAAAAGGAAACUUAGAAGACAUGACAUAAUAGGUCAACAGAUAAAUAAGUGAGCAUAAGGCCAUCUCACAACCUUUUACAUUAUCUUUAUCCCAUAAUGUGCCGGUCUUUCCGGGUCAACAUUGUGUUUUUUUUUUUUUAAAGUGAGCUUAUCACCUCUGAGAGUAUUGAGUGAUAGAGGAUAUUAGUUCAUCUAUCAGAGUGAAAAUCUCAGCUGCUCGAGCUCACACACAGAGCUCACCCGGGUACUUUAGGGGAAUUUUCAGGAACAUUUUGCAUGUCUGAAAGUGGUUUCUCUCUUUCUCUUCUCUUUCUGUAUGUCCAUGACUAUCUGUGUUUCAAAGAAAAGCAAGGCAGAAAAAAAUGAUGUCUAAACUUAGCACAAAAACUUAGGAAAUGUAUGUUUGGUAGAUUAUUUCUUUGAUAUAAAAAUACUUCUGAUGAAAAACCUUUUUUUCUUUCCUUAUAAAUGGUGAGACUUUUGUAAGGAACAUGCAUGUGUGGGAUGAGCAGCAGAGCUGAGUAUGUGGGUUGUGCCCAUGAAAAAGUUGCCAAAUCUUUUAUGCCAACACUGAACAACUUAUUUUGCCACUGACCCUUUUUUGGAGUUUUUUCAUGGGUUGGAUGGUUGAACUCUGAAGAAAUAAAACAUAUUGGCAAUUUAACAAUUUUUAUAUUUAACAAACAGGAGCCUCAGUCACAUGUAGAAAACCAUACACAUAACACAACAGCCUGGCACCUCCUCCUCUUGCUGGCUUGGUACGCACUGCUGUCUUGACGACAACCCAGUCCUCAACCAGAAUUUGCCUAAAGUUAGCCAAUAGGGUUGUGUUUGUCAGUCUGGCAUAAGCAGCACACCCAAUCUGAUCCCAGAGGUGAUUAAUGGAGUUGAGGUCAGGACUGCUGGCAGGACACUCUAUCUUCUCUUGCUCAAACAUGGAAAAAUGGAGGAACUUGAUAAGAUGGUCAAUGCCAAAACAUGUUCACACAUGUCCUAAGGUCACACUUAGAUAUAACUAUGUUUUCAAGUCCAAUCCUCAAGGCCCACUGUCCUGCAUGUUUUGGAUGUUUACCUGCUCCUACACACCUGAUUCAAAUGAUCAGCUCGUUAUUAAGCCAUUACAGGGCUUGAUAACGAGCAGAUCAUUUGAAUCAGGUGUGUUGGAGCAGGGAAACAUCCAAAACAUGCAGAACAGUGGGCCUCGAGGACUGGACUUGAGAACCACUGCUCUAUAUGAAUUAAACAAGAAAAUAGUGUUAUUUCCCUUUAAUGCAAACAGGACAUAAUGUCAAAAAAAUUACAGAAUUUAGACAAUAUUGAUCCAGAAAAAAAUAUUGCCUAAACAUGCCUAAACUCUGUCUCGUCAUUUUUCUUCUCAAAUGUGGAAAAAUGGAGGAACUUGAUAAGAUGGUCAAUGCCAAAACAUGUUCACACAUGUCCUAAGGUCACACUUAGAUAUAACUAUUAAAGGUUAAAAUGAAUGAAUCGUUGGAUUUUUUUCCUCAAAUGCCUCUCUGGACCUCCAUAGAUAUGUCAAACGUAUUUUCAACAAUACUUAAGUGUCAGUGUGGUAUUGGCCCUCCUGGGCUUCCAUACAUUUCUCUCUUAGUUCCCAGGAUGUUACAUGUACAGGUGUUUUUCUGUGAAACUACAUUUGGACUAAAGGAAUAAGAAAAAAAAAGAUAUCUGCACAGAUAUCACAGCUACAGAAAACCUUACCACAUAUGAUGACAUUUGAUCGUAUCAAAAAAGCCAAAAAUAGACAAAAUACUAAGAAAAGGCUUACUCAAGCCAUCAUGAAUCACUCACGGCUGCUUCCUUAAAAUAAAUCUCAAAAACUCUUCACAGCUUUAACAUAUCUUCUUGGUCCAUCUUCCUCUGAUCUGUGGUUCACUGUAGCAAUGGUUGAACAGACUUUUUUAGACCAAAAAAACCCUUCGUGACCACAAACAGGCUGUAUGAACAUGGACCAUCCUACUGGUCUGCUGAGGCUCCAGGUCAGCUCUUUUUUUUUUUUAGCAGGAUUACAACACAGCAUGACGCAUUAAUGACCCGGUGUCUCUUUAAGCAGGCCAACAGUAUGGCAACACUUUCAGGCAGCAAAUGCAAACACCAACAACAGCUUUUUUCAGUUUCUGCAUGAAAAAAAAUCGAUUCAUUGGUUUCAAAAGGCAUUAACAAUUAUAUUACCUCCAAUCAAAAAAAAAAAUUAUUAUUAUUUUUAAAUAUCAAUAAAAAAUAAAAUAAAAUAAAAAAAACCUUAUGGGAGCUUUAAAGAAUAAAACUGUCAUGUGUUAGAGUUUCCAGCCACUCAUUCAGUAAGCACUCCUACCUUCUUCAGUUUAACUUCAUUUAUGGAUCUAAAUAUCAUCCGUUUGACAAAAAGAGCAUAUUGCUUUUGGCCUUUUUUCUUUUACACCAUUCAAAAGCACAGUGAUAUGGUAGCAGGAAGCAUGAAGGCUUGGCAAUGAACUGAGGUGAGUUAAAAGUGACAACAUCACACAUUGUUGAAAAUGUCUGACCACAGUUACGUCUUCAUUAUUGCAGUAACACUGGCAGCCCUUAUUAUUGUGAAUUUCAGCUUGAAAAUUCUUGGGAGUUCAUUUUACCUCAAGUACCAGAGAUAGGUAUUGUGUCACAUUUAAGCUGCUCUAUUUCAAAAUCUAAACACGUCAUAAAGUUACUAUCUGCUCCUGCUGUGAUUAGCACUGUUAGCUAAAACUAGAAGACAACAUGUUAUAGAUAAAAUCAGUGUGAUUGGUGUUACUGUAACUGACAUAGACUCUUAGAAGUAAAGCUAGUUUGCAGGGGGUGGUCAUCUUGGAUUUUUACACACAGGAUUGUAGAAGUUUCUCCAAGGCUGUAUUCUGGUUUCAGGGACUGGGGGGAUUUCAAAUUGCAUAUCUAACUAGCAUCUUGGAAUAUCUACUUCCAAAAUCAAAUAUAACAUCCCACUUUUUAUACCUGUCUGUUCAGAGUUAAAGCUGUUUACAGCUGUAGUUCACUUCCCACAAACAUCAACUUAAAGUGUAACUAGUCCAGGUUAAUUUCCAAAUUUCUUUCUUUUUUUCCAUUUAUGUGAUCUUUAUUUAGUCAGGUUAGUACACUGAGUUCCGAGAUCUCUUUUUCAAGGGAGACCUGACCAAGAAUGGUGACAGACUGUGUACACAUGCUUUUUGAAUUGCAGGUGAGAGAAACACAAUGCAGCUGUAACAAGUGGAAAUUACAUUUACACUAGUAAACAAGGGUAUUUGAGAUACCUGCAAUCUCUCAUCACUCAAAACUUAUCUUAUGUGAAGUGAAUUUCUAUUGGACUUAUUAAGACUUUUGAAUUGUAGCUCUCACAGAUCCUGUGAGUAGAGGUUUAAAAGGCUUUUAGGUCCACACAACAGAAGUGUACAAUAAGUUCAACUUAACAAAGCAAAUAUCUAAAAGAGAUGUGUCGUCCUUUAAAUAAAUAGUGACCAUGGGAAAAAAUAAUUGUUGUUUGAAAGACUGACUGAGCUCUAACAUUCAAGAUCAGGAGUCUGAUAUAAAGGUGUAAAAGUCAUUGAUAACUUCUGUAAACAAUAGCCCAACAGCCAAAAUAUAAACCACUAUUUCAUGACUUCUGUUCAGUAGCUUUUAACACAGUAGCACAACUCUUUGCUGAUGAUGUUGUGGUAUUAGCUGCUGUGAGAAAUUGAAGAAAUCAGGCACGUCUGAGUGAACUUGGUUUGAGAAAACAUGACAAUCCUCUGAAUGUGCAGAAACGAGCCUCUGUAAAAAUGACAGCCUCUAAAUAAAAGGGGAAUUUAGGAGCGAUGUGAUGCAAUACGUUUGUUAAGAGUGUGCUCACAGAAAUCUGUUUUUAAGGGAGUGAAAAAGGGAAGUGAUUUUCUUACACAGCCUGACUAGACUGAACUCCCUCCCCCCUGUGACAAAAGACUUCAAGCCAAAGGCAGGUUUCAUUUGGGUUUGUGACAAAGACUUGGCAACACGGAUAGACUUCAGAGGAAUGAGGAUUAUGACACCUGAACUUUUUGAUUAAACAUAAAUAUGGAAACGUUAAGUAAACUUGCUGCUCCUGCUUCAGCCAAGAUCAGGUAUGAAAUUCUGUCAUUUAAGAUUUGCUCUGAAUUUUAUGAACAAUGUCACAUUAACACUUCCAGCUGAACCUUUAUACCGUUAUUCCUGUCUUUAUUUACAGCCAUUGACCAAAAUCAAGACACUGUUUCUUAAAAUUAUGAGAUUAUCUCUAACCAAAGCAACAAAGAGUUACAGAGACUUUAUUUUAAGAAUAAAAAUGAAGGCUUUCACUGCCACAUAAAUGAAAAGUUAGGAGUAUUUUUUUCAGCUAAGAGGAAGAGAGAAAAAAAACAUUUCUUAACAUAUUUCUGAAGCACAUAUUCUGUGUUUUUCAGGCAGCUUCAGAAGAUCGUCCAAGACAUCAAGAAAAAUGACGGCAGCUUGCUGGACAAAAUCAAAAGGUAAGUGCUUUUAAAGAAAAAGUGGUUGGAAAUAUUUCUGAAAAAAGGAUCACGUGUUAUAAAUUUUUUCGUAGGAGACACUUCUCUGAGAUGGUUUGUGGUCUAAACACUCUGUGUUGUUAUCAUGCUUCGAUUCCUCUUUCGUAAGCGCAGAAAUAAAACAGAGGACUACAAAACAGAAAAACCCAAACAGAUGGCACCCUUCUCACUUACCUUUCCUGAAAUGAGUUCUCCUAAAGCUCGUUAGGAUGAAUACGACUUUAAGUUAUUAGAUACACUCUGCUCUGCUAAGUUCUCUGUAAAUGCUUAGAUAUACGGCAAUGCUGUCAAGUUGGAUUUGUCUGAAAGGCACAUUAUAAAGGCAGCAGCUGCAGACCUGAGUGCUACACAGCACAUACAAAAUAGUAGAUACAACACAAGAAAUCAAAGUAUCAUAGAAUAAAAAGGCAGAAUAAAAAACAUGAAAAACAAAAUAAAACAGGCAUCAGGGACAAAGAGAAACAAGGAGAUGACUGAAUGAACAGAUAAUAGAAACAGACCUGCCACUUUUACUGAACUCUACUGUCAAAGAAAGGAAAAAAAUAUUAGUGUGAACAGUAUGUUGAAGUUUAUGUACCAGGUGAUAAGCAUGUCAUGGUCCAAAGGUGUAGAUUUCAAAUUGUACUUCGUUUCUUUUGUUAUUAGUGUGUCAGUCAAAUGAUAACUUGUACUAAAUGGUGUAAAGGGGCUCUGGGAGAUUCUCUGUCUGAGUUGCUUCUGAAAAAAGACACAAAAUUUGAAUAAUGUGCAACUAUUUGUGUGAAUAUGCUUGAUGUGACAUACAAGCCACUGCUACCUCAGUGGUGUCUGCUCAAAAUAUCUGUGUGUCUUAGCGCACACUGCUCUAAGCAGUGAUGAAUGUUCUUCUUUUACCUCCUCAUAACUUUUGUUUACAGCGUACAAAAACCUGUCACAUGUCAGCUGAUUUAUAAGCCGUGACAAACUUAAGCUUUAAUGGACGUUUGGUUUAUGUUGAUGUUGAUGUUGCUGCUCCCUGAGGACAAAGUGAUAUCUUCUAUCUCUUGCAUUUCCAUUUAGGGAUUGACAAAAUUAUUAUUCUUCUUGUCCUGUUUAUAUAAAAAUACUGCUUCUGGCAAAAACCUUAUCCUGUUGUCUUUUGUCAAACAACAAAAUAUAAUUCUUAGUGUGAGUAUUUGCAAUGUCAAUCAUCACUUCACAGCAUUUUCAAGUGUUAACAAUCUCUUCAGAGAGACAAUCAAACUUGUUGUUGAUGGCCUUGUUUGCUUUUGAAGGUCUAACAGAAGUAUCAUUAUCAGUUUUAGUCUGUUUCUCCACCUGUUAAAAACUCCUCACCUUAAGAAGGACUCUCCAGGUGUGUGUACUGUGUUAACGAAGCCUUUGACUUUGUUAACACAGUACACACACCUGGAGAGAGUCCUUCUGUAAGAGAGCAAAGACUUAAAUCAAGAUUAUUACAAUGAUAAGUCACUCUGACACUGCUGAACGGCCUGAUAAUUGCUUUUUUUGUUCAUCACAGGUAAUUUAUGAAACAAUCUCAUAAAUAGUGUCCUCUUCCAGCAAGUAAACUAAUCAAGAAGCCACAUAUAAUCAUUAAGGCUUGGUUGUAUUUGCAAAAAAUCAGUAAAUGUUAAAAAAAAAGUGCUUAACAAAUAUUUACAUUGCAUUUUAUUCAACGCAAUAAUCAAAAGCAGCUUUUGACUGAUUAGUGCAUUUGACAGAAUAACACAAAUAUGCAGCAGAUGCAUCAGCUCCUUUCUCCAUUUCCUGAUGUGUAAUUGUUCUAUUGCUGUAUCUGAUGUCCAGUAUGAUAACUUUCAAUAAUGCUAAGAUCAUGUGAUUUAGGUGCAUUAUCAGCAGCUGAGUAACAUGUGUAAUCCAGGUAUCUGUACCAUCAUCACUGUCCUCAGUAGGGGCUGAGUCACCGCCCACCUGAUCCUUUUAUAGCUCUAUGAUGAUCUUUCUGUUUUCAUUUACUGUAUGUUCUGUUUGUUCUCCAUAACUUGAUAUCACACUCCUCUGUUUCAUUGAAUGAAAUGAAACUAGACAAAGAUGAAAUAACUUCUUUACUUCUUGCUGCUGAUGUCUGUGUUUCUCUCUGUAUAACAGGCUAAAGAGCAAACCAGUCCCAAAAGUUCCUGCCAGAGAUUACAGAGGUAAGAACUGUCCUAUUAUAAUUGUCAAACAUGCAUGUGUGAAACACUCAUUUAUUUAUCUGUUAGAAACACAAAGAGAAAGGUGUUACCUGCAGCUGCUUAUGAAGUGAAGAAGAGCACAGCUGAGUGUUCAUCCACAGAUAUCCACAAAUUUCUCAAUUCAAGUCUGUCCUAAAACAACACUCGUGUCAUUUUACAGUCAUUCACCAUGUUUAUGAUGCUGGUGAGGGUGUGCUGUAUAUUUGUUAGAUUCACAGGCUGAGAUAGGCCAACUGAAGUCAAAAUCAUAACCUCCACAGUUUUAGACUGACCCAUAAAAUUCACCUUGAGCCUCUAAAGUGUCAAAUGACAGACUGCACCGAUAAAUGGAUGCCACUUUUCUACAUUUGUACAAUGUGCUUUGGUUAUGUGUACACCUUUGAUUAGCAAGUCAACCAACUUUUUCAAGAUUUACCAGAUUUUUACAAUAUUCUUGUCCGACAAGGGUCCUCAUGCCACUGUUACUGAUGUUAUGUUGCAUUCACACCAGGCGCGACUAAAAUCAUCCAUUUGCUUUAAUAAUGCUUGUCAGGAUGUGCGAAAGUUGUGUAUUUACUUGCAUAAUUCGCAUCUGUAGAGAGCCCAAACAGGUGUGAUUACAAGAGAGGAGACAGAGGGGGUAGGAGUUCCUACAUGUCAGGUCAGUCUGUUAACAUCAAACACAGCAGAGGUUGACCACACUGUGAGGAACUGAUAAGUUCAAACAACUAAUCAGAUAAUCAGUCCUCCUCUCUCUCUCUCUUUCCUUCAGCUGAGCUCUUUUUUACUUCUAGCCUAGUGUCACAGAUAAGUUUUACCCCUCAGCUGAGGUGGUCUCAUACUGUCUCCAUCAGUUAAUUUGUCCCAAAUAGUGUUACUUCUUUAAAUAGUCUGCCCAAUUCAUGCAAAUAGUCAAGGACAGGAUUGGACGCGUGUUCUACUUGGGUAGUGUAAAUGAAACAAAUUAUGCAGAACAAAUAGUGUGAAUUAAGCAGACGAUUUGUGCCGCGCAAUUUGCGUUAUUUGCGCCGCCCGAGUAGAACAAGCAUCUAAUCCUGUCUUUGCAUUGACUUUGCAUGAAGGGCCCAAUUUUAUAAGAUACCACAAUUCCCCACGACUCUGCCAUCCUGUGUUUAAAAAAAGGUAUUAUUUUUGUGACAUGAACAUGUAUUUCAACAUGUUUUCCCAUCAAAGAUUAAGACUCUCUUAUAACAUAUCCAGAGAAGUUCAAUGCUGGAUAAAGAAGAACAGAUACAACAUGCUUCACCACCCAUGACAAUAACAAUGUCCCUAGACAUGUAAAUACAAGCCAGUUCUGCCUUAAACCUGAUCUCACUGAAUAUAAUACUAUGGUUCGAACAGUGUAAAGAAUGAUAACAUAAAAACUUCAACUUCAUCAUGGAGGAUUUCUGUGUAGUCAGUACAUCCAGUUUGGAUAGAUCUAAUUUGAUAUAUCUAUCUUAGAUUUAGUGUUGGUCUUCAGAGGAAAAUAUCUUAGUUUAAGACACAUUUCAGUCUUAUAUACUAGUCUAGUUGAAUUGCAUUUUAGCCAUUUUUUUUGUCGACUGUCUCUCUGUUAUCUUAUUCAUUUCAACAAACAGAAAUAAGUAUCAAGUUUGUUCUAGGAUUAAAUCUAUAAACCAACAUUUCACUCUCUCAACACUUUCUUAUAUGAUCUCAGGUUCAGUUGGAAAAUUUUGCUUCGACUCACAUCAGUUUGGCACAGAAUUGUAUUUGUGUGUGAGUCUAGGAAAUUAACAUAUAUGAGUGUAGUCAUUUUAAACAUGUGUGUGCUGAUGAAGAAAAGGGACCGUCCCCAACUGUGUCUGUAGUGACAGUUGAGUGGACAGACUUUCAGUUCACAACAGUCUGAAUCUUCAGUGAUUCAGAGUCAAUAAAAGCUGUGAAAGUUUUACUCAUUAUGUUCUUAACAUCACGAAACAGAAAUUAUCCUGGCGUUAGCAUAAGGCUAUUUUAUAACAACAAAAAAUUAAAGAAAAGAUAUAUCAAGCUGACGCCAUUAUACCGCCAAUCUUAACAAUAAACCCACAACUUAAAAUGCAUUAUUAGCAUAUUUAUGAAGCCUUACAAAUGCAUCGAUAAGGUUUUGUUACAACCCCCAUGAGUGAUAAUAAGCAUUCGUAACAUCUUAUCACAAUGUUUAUGACGUAUUGUAAGCUGUGAGCAUAAUGCUUAGAAAGGUAUGACUUAUAAUGAGUUAUACCUGAAUACCAAAGACAUAUUGAUUACAAUAAAAAUAUUUUUUUUCCUGUUUUUUUUUGUCCAAGACUUCGUUUACAGCAUCAAAAUACUGCUUAUAAGUUUUGAUAAAUGUGCUAUAGGAACAUUUAAAUACUAAUAACCUCAAACAGAGUUGUCACUUGACUAAAAGCACCCUUAGUUAUAGUUACCUUGUUGUGAGUAUUAAUUACACAUUUUAGAAAAUUGAGAAAGUUUUAAUGUGUUUUUAUAUUUAUGAAUGUGCUGAGUAUGUAUUAUUAGUGGUGGGUUCAUAUUAAGUGUUACCAUUGUAUCUUUGUCACUGAUAUGCAUCAUGGAAAAAAAAAUCUAAAGUUAUACAGGUCUGUGGAGGAAGUGAGAUUUUGUACCCACAGCAAACCUUUUGCAGAUAAGUGACAAAACUGUCACACUUGUGUCGUUUAAAGAAAACUAUUUUUAAGCACCUUUGCUUGUCUUAGUCUGGUCUUCAUCAUGAAAAGAAAAAGGUCAAUAACAAUCGUCUAUUGUCUUAACAUUCAUGAAAAAAAGACACACUGGUGCUGCUAAAGGAACCCUUCAUUUUCUUAGUUCCCAAAAUGAGAAGUUGUACAAAAAAAGACUUUUUGUGUUAGUAUCAGAGAAAAGAAAAGAAAAAACGCUGUACUCAGGAGAUCAUCUGACUCAGUGGUUCUCAAGUCCAGUCCUGGAGGCCCACUGUUUUGGAUGUUUCCCUGCUCCAACACACCUGAUUCAAAUGAUCAGCUCGUUAUUAAGCCAUUACAGAGCUUGAUAACGAGCUGAUCAUUUGAAUCAGGUGUCGAGGUCUAGCACAUCCCCCACUGACUCACUCCUUGUUUCGGUGGAAAAGAAACUGAUGACACACCCACGUCCUGAAGGACAUAUAUCACAGAGAAGGGGUGUAUUUUUUUUUCCUUCCUCACAGACAGUGUUUUAUUUUAAUGAAAUAUAAAGCAAACUAAAUCAGGUGUUGCUUUGAUCACAGAUAUCUCUGUAUCUGUGUAGUGAAGAGAAACGUGCUCAAAUCAAGGUUUUAUUCAAAUUGCCUCAUACAGACAGAGACUGUUUUACUUGCUGAGAGAUUACUUGACAGUUGUCAAAAUAAGGAGAUGCGCUCCGCUGGUUUCUCUGUGCUUAAAUUAGAAAUGAUACUCUGACACCUGGCGUGUACUUCGCAUUUCUUUGGAAGCUGAAAUAGUGAAGCUCUUACUCAUUUAAAAACAAUCCCCCUCACCUGUCCCUUGGGGUAACUGAACAUCUCAACAUUUGUGUCUUUACAGCAGACGAUUCUGAAGACCAGAUGUCAGACCCGGAUUAUGUAAGUUGGCAAAAAUGUGACCUGGAAGUGAUUGAAACUGUUCAUACAUGUUGGAAGCUAAAAAAAUCACUGUCAUUCUCAGGAUAAUGACACAUACGAAAAUCCCAAUGAGGAGCACGAUGACAGCUACAUGCCCCCUCCCAGCCAGAGAGACUUCAUCCCCAAUCCCUCUGCUUCCUUCCCGAGGGGGGAGUAUCUCGGUACGAUGAGUCACAUGUACUGAAAAUGAUGACUUCUCUACUUUAAACUUGUUUCUUAUCCUCUUUUGUCAUCAAUUGUUGGAAACAAUCUAUCCACAUGUUGGUUUUCUUGUCAUUCGCAGUCCUGAUGAUAAAGUUGAGGUUGAGUUGACUCAUUUUCAUAAGGAGUUUCUAUUUCUCUAACAGCUUCUCCUUUGCAGUCAUCUCUUUUCCUGCUAAAGUCGCAUUACUUCAUUUCUUCCCUUCACUGGCCUGAGCCGAAGCCACAAGGGAAUUAGAGUGCUGCUUCAUGCAAACACUAAAAACCUGAUUCUGCUUUUGCUUCUCUUUUCCAGACAACUGCCACAACCGACCCGAGCGGCCCCCCAAGAACCCCCACCGCCCGGACAAAUCCUCCAAACAGCUGCCUCCUGAACCCCCCCACAUGGAAAGUGAUGAAGUAAGGCAACCCAGCCUCACAUACAUAAACACUGCUGCACUGCACACCUGUGUUGCUUCAGUCCACAUACAAACAAUGCUGUGCCUUAUAGAGUUUCACCACUUCCUGUGUAUUGGUAAAUACUUCCCAGGGUGAGUGCAAAGCUGAAAAAGACACCCCUUCAUGUUGUGUUGAUGUUGAUGUUUUGCAGGACGACUACAUCAGUCCUGAUGGCGGUAACGAUGACGACAACUACGUAGAACCUGAAGAAAGUUCACCUCCGAGUAAGAUGCACACAAAAGCUAACUAGCAAGAGUGACACAGGAGUCAAAGAGUAUUUACUUUAUGAUAGUACACAAGUGUGAGUACAGGUGAGGAGAGACAAGUGCCUCAAAACACCAGAAACAAUACAAUAUGAAAGAAUACAGUUGAAUACAAUACAAUUGUGGGUUAGGGUUAGAUGUGAUAUGAUACAAUACAAUGAAAUACAACUCUUGUGGCUUAAUGUUGGGAGUGUGAACGCACAUCUGUUGAUUAUAUAAGCUUUAGUGCUUUUGUAUAAUGUUGAUUAUAAAAGAUAAUGGAUAGUGUAUUUUCCCAAGUCAACCUUCACCCUUAACUUGACCUAUAACAGCUAAGUUCAAAUUCCCAGCAGUGUCAGUAACCACAGUGACGUCAAUCUAGUCCAAAAACUUCCUAUAUCAGAUAGCAUAUCUUUCACUGCUGCUAACACUGAUACUUACAUCAAAAAAAGCUCAUAUCCUUCAGAUAUUCAAGUGUAACAUUCAAAUGUUAAAGUACAUCUGUAAAUAAAAUCGUUCCCAUGCCUCCUUGUCAUCUCAGAUCGUGGGCCGCAGGGUGGGAGGAGAACAGGGAGGAACCCUCACAUAAAGCAUUCACCUUUACCAGCACGUCCACCCAGUCCUGGUAGGUAUAACAACAUUUAUCUUGCAACCAAGAUUCAGUUGAUCUUUUGUUUGUCCUUCUUAGUCUAUUUUUAUGGUUAUAAAGGCUAAUAAAACAUAUUCUUCAUUUUAUUGCUCUGUUUUCCCAAGAAAAGAGGUCAGUUUCUGCUGUUAUUUGGGACUCAAAUCUAUGCCUGGAACUUGAGUCCAGCUCAAGUCCUGAUUUGUAAGACUCUUGUCUAAACUUGGACUUGAGCUCUGAUGACUUCACUGGAAAAAAAAAAAAAUCCUAAGUGUAUUUACUGAUAAAGGCUGUUUUAGUGUUUUUGCCAGUUUCUUGUGUAAGGCCCUAAUAUUUUGUUCAGUUUAAGUGAGGGCUAGCAUGUAUUUUCACCUGCAGCUGUAUUCCCAUGCCGUUUUGUGCAGCUACUGUUACUGCCAAGAUGUGUAAAGAUGUGGCACGGACUGUGCAAAUUGCUUUUAGUUAUUCUGCAGUAAAUGCAAGCAUGAGCAGUGUAAGAUGUUCAAGCAAAGUGAAAGAGAUGCUAUAGUUAGCCUACAUGGGCUGUUGACUAUGUUGUUAUCAAUCUAAGAGUAAUGUUAGCCUCUAAAGUGACUCAAACUCUGAGUCAGAAAUUUUCGGUUACUUAAAAUUUGUUUAGCAGGUUUCAAAGUAUACUUAAAGGGUUAUUUCAGUUGAAUUGGCACUGAACUUGGAUAGAAAGGCUGACGGAGAAAAGGCAGAAUUUUGCUCUGGGUUGUCUCCUCUUGAGGUAGACCCUCAGGCUCCACCCAGUGACUCUUAGUGAGGUUGCACACAGAUCUUUAAUGGAGGAGCAUUGUGAAUGAUUUUAUUAAUACAGCAUCUUUUUGUGGUUUCAUUAUGGGUCUAAUCCAGCCUUUGGUUAUUUCCAGGUGUUUAUAUCGCUCCUCAUGAAGAGGUAAGCAGUAAAUGAAACAACACUUCCAAAAAUUUUCAGUUACAUUGAAACAUGAAAUUCACUGUAGCUCCAUCUUUACAGGAGAGCUCUUCACAUCUUUCAGGUGGCAGGUCAGUUUGAGAUUGUCUCAACAGCGGUUUACUAAUCUUUUUGGAAAGAGAUGUUUAAGAAAUAUUUCAUAUUUUAAUCACAGGCCUGUCUUUUCCUUUCAGGUUGGGUUCAAGCCACGUGAAACACUCACCAUCUUUACCACCAAAACCCAGCCCCAGGUCAGACUGACUGCCCGCUUAUUUCAAACACACAAACAAAAAAAUAGCUUUCUGCUUUAACAACUCUUCCUGUUAUCGCUCUAAUAACAUUUUUAUUUCUCUGCAGAAUCACUGUAAAGUCUCCUGUGGCUGUAAGUUAUCAGAGAUGUUAAACUCACACAGUGUUACGAGUCUAGCAGAGGUCAGAGUUAUAAAUGCCUGUUGUGUUUUUUCAGGUUCAAGAGACCGCGGGUGGCGAUGAAUAUGAAGUUUGUGACCCAGAAGAUAGUGAGUAAUAAAUCAAACAAUAACAGCUUUUUGCUCAACAACAAAAUAACUACUCCACAUGUUUUGUUUAAGAUGAGGACAUCAGCCGCUGUCACAUAACAUUUUGGUUUGUUGUUGCAUUUAUUAAUAGCGAUAGCAGGUUGCGGUUCCCUAAUCUAUUCUGUAGUGUUGUGUCUAUUCAACUCUAUCUGGGAUAUUAGGAAACCUCAUACAAACAUUCCAGACUGUAAAAUCAGUCUGAAAAUAUUGACUGGGGAGCAGUGGUUUGACAACUAUCAGACAGUGGUGUUAGUGGUGAAUGAGAGGUGCAGGAUGAGCUGAGAAGCUGGAUCCUGAUGGGAAGGAUCAGAUGUGAUUUGAGAGGAGGAGAGUUGCAACACUUUAGCUGAGUCACUGAUUGAGACAGAGGGACACGGUAACAGAUGUGAAUGUUUCACAACAGCGGGGUAGAGAUGGGUGUCAAUCUGGUUGCCAAAGCACUCAAAAUAAUCACACAAGUAGUUACCUGAUCACCAUGAAGGCAGAUAUUUGGACAGACAUGAAUGAAUGGUGACUUAUGAAUAAAUAAGUGCGUGGAAGAAUAACUAGAUGAGUGUGAAACAGUCUUCCUGCCUGAACUUCUGCUCGGUUCAUAUCUCACAUACAGACUUAUGCUGCUAUCGUUAGUUUAUUUAGCAUGGUCUGCCACCUAGAGGAUGGAAGGAGAAAAGUUAUUGCUUUGUUAAAUAAGGAGUUGUAACCUUCAGCUGUUUACAAAGGUUAACAAUAGUAGUUCAUUCAUAAUUGUGCUGUGUUUUCCUCCAGGUCCCAGUAAAAAACCAGUCGAGUGUCCACCUAAACCCCUCCCUAAACCUUCACCCAGAGAGUAAGCAUCACUUUAACAACAUUGUUCAGUUGAAUUGAGAAUACUUUGCUGUUCACAAGAAAAAAACAACUCUUUUUUUUUCUCUCUCUUUCUCUCAGGAGGUCACAAAGACCACCUCUGAAGCCGGUAGGACUGUUGUGGAAAUGUUUUCUAACUUGACUCCAACAUCAUGAGUGACAUUGCAGUACGCUUCGGUUAUUAAAUCACUCUCUCUUACUCUUUUGCAGAGGCCAGACUUGAAACCCAGGGAAUUUGAGAGUAAGUUCUCACAUUAUGUUUGAACAACAUCAGUCACACCAGAGUUUAUUUAAAAGCCAGUAUCAUGUAACAUAACACAUGCAGACACAUUUAUACUUGAAACUCCUGUGAGGAUUUUUUUAUCUGGUUCUGUAACAAACCAAAAAUCAUACCUGUGUCUCAAUGAAUAGCAAAAAACUUGUUAAUGCAUAGUGUGGUAACCUGCAGUGUGGCUCUCCACAGGUCGAACGUUACCGAACGUGAUGCAAACUGAGCCAAAGCCUCAACCGAAAACUUUCUCACUGGACCUGAAACGACCAAAGUAAGACAACAAUCAGAUGGUUUGCUUUGACAAACUUAUUCCUCCCAAAAUGAAAUGAAUUAUGCCAUGAUAUUGCAAACGCAUAUGCAAAAGUUAGAAUAUUUCUCAAAAUUACAAGGAUCAUAAAACCGUUUUUUAAUAGUACCUUUUAUUACCAAGUGUGACAGUUUUUCCUGCAAACCUGCACAAAUCAGGCAAAAUAACAAUUGUCUUAGUCUUAAAACACAGUAAAGGGUAAAAUACUCCUUGAACUGCAAACAGCACCUGGUGCUUCUUGGAUGUAGUUUAUAAAGGAGCUACUUUGCAGGCAUGCUGGUCUAAAUUUAAAGCUUUCUAUGCAUCUCAUGGCAUAAGGACUUAUCUUUAUCCACAAACAUUGUACUAACUGCCAAGCACAGAGCAAUAUUUUGACUGUCCACUGAGAGUUGGUAAUAGCUGUUCUGUAGUUUGUAUAACGGAUGUUUCACCCGGACUCCAAAUAUUAUGAAGAAUUUCAACUUUAAAUGACUUGAAAAUAAAUUGUCUUUAGAUUUCUAUUCAUGACUUUGGUAAAACUGUCAUUGUUAUUAUUAACAUUACUCUGGGUUAAAUCAGUUUAAACACAGAAGAAAACAGCCCUUUCCAAUCACAGCUCAUCAACUGUAUGUAGACAGAUUUGGGUUUUGUGUAGAUACUAACAGCUCAUUUACGCAAUCAGACGCAUCACAGAGCAAACUGUAUGGAGCUGCAAACCUUUUAAGGCUGUGAUACCAUUAUUAUAGGAAUCAGACUUUGGGAGGAAGCAGACAGUGGGAGGAACUGAUGAUACAUUUUUAGUGCUAUAAGCAGGUGUUAUCACUUCCUGGUAAACAUCCCCUACGUGUCUGAAAAUCUAUUUUUAAAUAUUAGAGCUAAACUUUAAUCUAGUCAUGAAAUAUUAUCGGUUAAGCAUCUGAAAAUGUUUUGAUACUGGAUGUCAAGGGGUUAAAUUUAAAUUUUAUCACAAAUUAAAUCAGUCGUAUAAAAACACAAACCAGGUCCUGUCCACAAAAGAGCAGGAAAGCGACUCCUGCCUUUGCAAUACGCUUUAUUUGACUCUGAGUUUAUUUGUACGAUGAACAACAGGGAUAUUUUGUUUUCAUUUGUUUGGCUUCCGUGGGCUUCCAUAGCUUACCCUACAUUUUAUUUACAGUGAGCCUUUAACUGCUUCCAGGCUUCUUUUUUAGAAACUGCCUUUUAUGGCCUCUUUGUGCUGUGCAUUUACCGUCCUCUGCUCUGUUUGUGGUCUCUCCUGCAGAAUUCCUCUCCCACAGUUAACCCCCUCCAGUAAGUACAGAUCCUACAUGAGUCUCACGGCAGACUGAACGGUAUAUUAAGCACACAGGAACUCUCCACUUCAACAAUGGAGAUUGGUUGUUACUCCUCGACACAUUCAUAUGAACUACAUUGAAUUCUUGUUUGUCUGUUCUCUCAGAAGCAGCCACCAGAGGAAGUGAUUUAGCUGAAGAUGAGUCAGCAAAUCAAGAUAAGGUGUGCACUUAUAUUCUGAAUAGUAAUCUCACUUAUGCUUAAAAAUCCUGCUAUUAAUCAUUUAUUCUCUGUCAGAAUUCGGAUCUGAACAGGAAACCUUGGUACGCCAACACAUGUGACCGUAAGACUAGCUACGAGGUCUUGUACCAGUCGAACAAAGUGAGUCUUAUUGUCAUCUGAAUGAGUAGCAUGUUAUGGGUUAUAUCCCAUAAUGCUAUCCUUUAAAAACAAGUGUGACUGUGAUGCUGCUCUGUUGCAGGACGGGGCAUUCAUGGUGAGGAAGAGCUCAGGACAGGACUCUCAGCAGCCGUACACAUUAGUGGUGUUUUACAAAGGCAGAGUGUACAACAUCCCAAUCCGCCUCAUACUGGGUACUCCGCACGCUCAGUACGCUCUGGGAAGUGAGAAGAGAGGGGAGGAGGUAUGUGUCUUUGUUCUCAGCUUGACUUGAUUAUACCUACCAGUAUCCAAUCCAAUCCAAUACACUUGAUUUAUAUACCACAUUAAAAAAAAACAAUUAAGUUUAGCAAAGUGCUGCACAGUGCCAUAAAAUGAGGCAAAAACACACAGAAACAUGAAAUGUUAAAAUAAAAGAAUCAUAAUAAAAAACACUUUAAAACUGAACAAUGAAGAAAUAAAAUUUAAAAAAAACUGCAAGAGAAAAAAGAAAAAGAAAAAAAGAACAGACAGAGACAGAUCACACUACUUUCAUGGUUCAUUCAGAAGAAUUCACACUCACAAACCACUGUGAUGAUAGGAUGCUGCGGGUUUAACACACUACUUGUUACAUGCUGUGUCCUAUUGUAUGCAAGUUGUUGUGGUGGCAAUUUAGCAGUGAUAAAAAAAAGGUAGUUUUGUCCGACAAAAAUGGUUCCAGAGAGUGUAGUUCAAUGCGUGAUUUGUUAACCAAGUUAUUCAGGCGUCAGUGCAUGUGGUCCCUCGUUCACCAGCUGCUGGCCUGGCAAUGCUGUUUCUCAAUUCAGCCCAAAUGAAGUGAGAAACAAAUGAAUCACUCGAGGAAGUGAUUCGGUUCAGUAUGUUCACUUAAAAGAUUUGGUUAUUUUGAAUGAAUCGUUCGUAAACGACAAAACACUAAAAGGCACGGCCAUCCCGGUUCUUAGUCCUGUCUUAGGGACCGGAGGUCUACGGGCCUGUACUAUCUGUACUAUUUUCCAUCAAUCAAAUCAUCUUAAAUCAACAUUCAGUGUCAAGAUAUUUUGGGCUUUGGCCUGUAGCAGGGCAAUAAGCAGGAUAGCAUAGGCUCUGCAUCAGGGUCUAGUCUCACUCCAACGGGGUGACUAUUCAUCAUAAGUAAGUUUAGCAAAGAGAUUCUGACUCUGUAGACGCCUCUAAAGGUCCUCCCAGAGGCCCCUCCAGUUAAGUCUGUUAAAGUGUAAACUGUUUUUUUGUGUCAUGUAGGUUAUUUUUCAGCUUUUAAACCAAACACACACUGAACACAAAGUGUAGAUACAGUUACUUUACAGUGAAAAAGGGUGGUUUGAGGAGUAGAACAAGCAAUCACAGUUAAACGGUUAUAGAUUUACUGACAGUAAAAACUGGCUCUACAUAAUAGCGUUCAAACUCCCCUGCUCCUAAGACUGAAGGGUGAUUUAUUGGUGUGUUUGAAGCGCACAAAAUAGAUCAUUCAUUUGUAAGAACAAGGAACAUGCCUGGAGGUUUUCACCGCUUAUUCUCAUUUUUGAAUAUCUUAUGUGCCUCCUCUUUGCUGUCUGUUUUACAAAUCAUGAGCAAUUAUGUUUGCAAUUAUGUAUGCAAAUUAUUUCAGAGCUGCAUAAAGACCCGCUGCACAUAAUCCAUAAUGUUAUGAUGUGGGUGUUAUGAAUAUCUUGGCAUGGGUGCUGUUUUGACAUAAGAAGAUUAGGUACAGUCUAAACUGGAUGGUGAAAACAGGAAAUGAAAGGCAUUUUUAACUCCUCAUUAUCAUACCUAAUUGGAUAUCUCUGGAAACGUUUCAAGACUACCUAAAAUGAGUCAAGCCAUAUUAAGGGCAUUUUUUUCAUUUUCUGAUUAAGUGAUUAACACAGUUUUUCACUUUAUGUUUUAUUAUGACCCUUGUUUGUUCGCAGUAUUUCAGCAGCGUCACCCACAUCAUUGAGAAUCACCAGAGGGUUCCUCUUGUGCUAAUUGACAGUCAAAAUAACAGUAAGGACUCCACCAAACUGUGCCACCCCGUGAAGCCUUGAAUGAGCAAACAGACCGCCGAUUGGACUUGUGCAUCUCACCAAGUGCUGCUGUGUUUACUGUCAGAGUACUGAUAGUGUGAUUUCUCUGCUCCUGCAUCAGCUCAAAGGUUGUGGAUUUGUGUGCUGGUCUCAUUUGCACGGCUGGCCCUGCAGAAAGAAGUGGAACUUUACCAGGAGACUUACGCCCAUGUUAUACAAACGUGUGUUUUUAUAGCCUCAAUUUAAAAAAAAGUUGGGAUAUUGUAUAAAAUGUUACUCAAAACAAAGAGUGAUGGUUUGUAUAUCAUUAUAUAUCAGAUGUCAAAACUGAAAUUUUUAUUCAAUGAAAAAUGGACGUAGACAGGGCCAUGGUUACCAUUGUUUUACACUUCCUCUUCUUUUACAGUAACACAACUCUGCAAAUGUUUGGGAGCCAAAUAUUCCCUUAUUCGUGUCUGACAGGAUUUCAGCUGCUCAACAGUUCAAGGUCUUCUCUGUUGUAUAAUUUUGUAUCAUGAAGAAUCAAACUUUUUCAUGGGUGACAAGUCAGGACUGCAGGCAGGCCGGUUUAGCACCUGGACUCUUCUACUACUGAGCCAUGCUGUUUCAACAUGUGCUAAAAUGGGGUUUUGCAUUGUCUUGGUGUGUUGUGCAAGGUCUUCCCUGAAAACGAGCAUUGUCCAGGAGGCUUCAUAUGUUGCUUCAAAACUUAAUUAUAUAGUUCAGUGUUAAUGAUGCCCUCCCUGAUGUGUAAGCUAGCCAUGCUGCAGCUAUGAAUCCCCAUUGCAUCUCAAAUACUGGCAUUGAUUGCACACUGGAUGGUACCUCCCCUCUUAAAAGGGUAUUCUGGCGUAAAAUUAAUUUAGGGUCAACACACAGUAACACUGAGUUAGACAUCCCCUCGAGAGAUGUAUGUAAAAGCCACUCUAUAGCCACAAAAGAUGCUCAGAACAUCACCCAACUUCUUCAACAGUACAUAUAGGGUCCCAGUCACAGCACUAGCCACCAAACAUCUUUUUAGCUUUGCCUGAUUUCUUAAGCAAAGAGACUAAACACAACUCACCUACUCUCUUCCAGCAGCCGCUUGUUUGUAGCGAGACCUCGGGCCAGUCCAUUACGGACUACAGCGGGGUGACGCAGCUCAAGGAAGAACAUUUAUGAUCAUAGCUGUUCUGAGCAUUAUUUGUGGCUAUACAGUGGCUUUUUGGUUGAGGUUUGUUUGUGGCUCCUCAGACUGCUGUGUAUUGCUAUCCUGCGGUCGUUACAAAAGUUGGUAUAACCAGAGAAGCAGGCAGUCGGCAACAUUCAUCUCUCGAGAGGGUGUCUAACUCAGUGUUAUGGUGAGUUUGACCCUAAAUCAAUUUUACCCUGGAAUAUCCCUUUAAGACCCUGAUCUCCAAAAUGAAUGUCAAAUUUUGAUUCAUCAGACCACAGGACAGUUUUUCACUUGACCUCAGUCCAUCUUAAACAGCCUCAGGUGCAGUUUUAACCUGUAUUUGUGGAUGCCGCUAUCAACAGUUUUCAAAGACAGUGGUUUUUGGAGGUGAAUGUGAGCCCAUGCAGUGAUUUCCACUCCAGAGUCCUAAGAUCGAGUCCAACCAACAUUGUCAUUUUUAGAAAGGUUUCUCUUGAUCUUCUGGAUCUUUUAAUAUUACACACUGCAGAUGAUGACAUCUUUUGAAUCUGCAAAUUUUUCGCUCCGAAUUACUAAUCCAGAUUUACUGACCUAUUUCCUCACCCAGUCUCUCACGAAGUAGUAAACCUCUUCUCAUGUUUAUUUCUGAGACUCCGCCUCUUCUCAUAUCCAGUCAUGUUGUAAAAUAACCUAUUUUGUUGGAAAAUGUUUUAUUCAGUAUUAAACAACUUUUUUCAGAGUUUUGUUGUCCCUCUUUACUUUUUGGGGAUAUGAUACUAGCAUUAAAUGAGUUCUAACAUUUGAUAUGUUGUCAGUUAAAUAUGGCAUUUCAACGGUUUACACACCAUCAAUAUCUGUCUUAUCAGCACAGCGUCCUACACUGAUUUCUAGAGCUGAGUAUUUGAAGUGUGUAAAAAUUAACAUGACAGUGUUGACAUGACUGAAAAAGUCAUCUGGAAGAAUAUUUUCUUUGUGACUUUAAAGAGCAGAAAAAUAAGAAACAUGGUUGUAUAUUUUGUUUUUAAUAAAACUCUUGAGUUGUACAAGUCACAUCUUCAGUCAUCACAAAAUGCCACCAGGAACUGACAAACUGGUUCAUGUAUUUUUUCUGGUCAACAUGUAAUGCUAUCAUACUCAUGCAAAUGUCGUUGCAUAACAGAGAGUCCUAGGCACUUAGUGAAAAUUCUCUGGUCAUAUUUUACAGUACCUCUAUCUGGACUAUGUACAAUUAUAAAUCUAUCUGAAUUUAAAAAGGUAUAUAUACACAGUGAAGUGUUCCCUUCAGGAACAAGGGUACAGGACAGGUGCAUUUGUCCACGAACAUGCACACAGGAGCCACCAACCCCCUGCUGGGAAAACUGAGGGAGGAAAUGUUGAGCCACAGCAGGACUCUGGCUGAGAUUGUCAAAGGCUUCGGCCUGAUAAGGUGAGGUAACGGGAAAUAUUAACCCUCAUUUCAUAGUGCAAUUAAAAGAUAAGAUUAUCAUUUCAAGUCAAAAGAGAAUAAACCCAUUGAGAGAAAUAAAAAAAAAGUAAUCAGAUAAUCUAUAGGCUUCUUGCAUCCAGAUUAAAAAAGAAAAUAUUCUGCUUGAACUUCAUCGACAACAAAAACUACAGGUUUACUUUGUUAAAUGAAUGAGUAAUAACACUAUAUUUGGACAUUUUUGGAGUUUAAAAAAAAAAGGUUUUACAAAGAACCUGAUUCUUCUGAGGGCCUAAAACAGCACAAAAGAAAAGCAUAUAAAGGCUAACCCCUACAAGUCAUAAAUAAAUGUUGAAUAAAACAGCUUAUUGUCUCUGUCUUUCUUUAUAAACACACAGUUUUGGUAUAUCUGAGUAACUUGUGGGUCUCUGCGUCCCAUUCCACAAACAUAAAUAUGAUAGCUACCACACUGUAGAGCCUACCCGUACGUUAACUGAUUCAUAGGUGGUAUGGCAAAUAUACAUAUUACAGUGUUCUAUAAAAGAUUCCUUAUGACAGUGUACUCAAAUCACCUUAAAUAAAGCUAUUGCAUUGACAAAAUAUAAACUAUACAAAGAACUAAAUUAUUGACAGCAUGUCCUUUUACAAAAGAUCAUUAUUCUACAAACGCUUGUGUGAAGCUACUGAAACGAGGGGAGAGACAACAGGUAAGUGUUGACCCUGAGAAUGUGAAAAUGAUCUGAUACUCCUCUAAACCUACCAAUCAGAAUUAAGACUUGAAAAACUAAGAAGACUGGCGAACACAGUUUUGAUUAUUGUUUCGUUGUAUUGCAAACUUUCCAGACUUUUUCAUCCAGUGUGUGCGACUAUUUUUUUUUUAAGAGUUUUCACAGUUUGGCCGUUUCCACUCCAUGAGAUGUCGCUGCCGAUGGACCAUCCACGUGUCCUGACAUGCAAACACCCUGCCGCAGAACCAGCAGCUGAACUUUGUCCCUGUGUCCUUGCUGGGAGGCACAGCGUCCACCACCUCGUAUUUUUUCCUGCUCAACCUGCGAAAUCUCAUCUUUAACAGAAACCUCUCCUGUACAGAGUUUUUACCGAGCCUCACAGGAUCAUGUUGGGCGUCUGUCUGGGCGACCUCUCCGUUCAUGCCUGCGAGAGCUUUCACAGUCCUCUGGGACAGCACCACCUUCUGCACCUCUCCUCUGUACCUGUUGAUGACCUCCAUGAUUCUAGCUACCUCAGGGGUGUCAGCAUCAGGGUGGUUUAGCACCACAACAGGCUGGUCCCCAGCUGGACGCUUCACCAGCUGAGAGGGAUUUAUGGCUACUAACUUCAGGGUCCUCUCCAGGGUUUUAGGGGCCGGCUGCCACAGAUGAUGAGAGGCUGGGGAGGACUCAGGUGAAGCAGGAAGAGUGGGGCAGGAGUCUGCAGGCGUAUUUCUGUCUCUCGUCCCCUCAACGGACUGCUUCAAAGAGACAGCUGGGCUUACACAGUUUAUCUUACCUGUGAAACACAAAGUGAAAAUAACCUUUUCAAAACAGUUUUAGGAUUGAUCAUCAGUGCAAAACCUGAACUAAACAUUCAAAUAUCAGUUGAGUGAGGCAAAUUUUGAUUUCCACAGAUUCAAAAUGUAGAAAUAAAUCCAUUCACACUUUAAGUAAUGGAUCUGAUUAUGUAUUUUAUUCAAUAAUUCAUGUUUGUAGUUUUGAACGGUUUUUAAAAAUCUAAAUCUGGGUUUUCUCUUAAACUUCCUCCGCUGCCCACACCGCUCUCGCCCAAGCUCAAA